UAAAAACCUAAUGGAUCAAGUUAGAAGGGAUAGAGGGACGACUGAAAGUACUACUACACUUAACCUUCUUCUAUCUGUCCAUCCACUGCAGGAUACUCUGCACUUUACUAGCUUACUUAAGGCUUGUCUUACAUCAUGGUGGACAUUUGUCUCCUCCAAUCUCAACUCCAAAGAUAGAAUCUUUCAUCACUCACUGUGAUUUGUGAUCUGGGUUUUGUUUCCUUGUUUCGAAGUAUCAAAUCAGAAGCACAAAGAAUCCGAUUAUUGGAACUACUUUAUACUUCUUUUGUGGUUAAAGAUUUAAGGCUUGACUGUUCUGGAAGAAAUCUGCUUCAAUAUAGUUUACAAUGGGUAGAGGGAAAGGGAAGGCAAAGAAGCAAUCUCCACAUGAAGAUCUUGGAAGUGGCAGGGAGGAGAAGAUACAUCCGAUUAGAAAAAGAGGGCGACCGGUUAAACCGGUGAAAGAUGAUGUAAAGGAAGGGAGUGACGAAAUUGAGAGAAUCAAGGUUAUAGAAGAUUUAGGGGACAAUACAAAAGGAGGCACUGUAUUGAGCAGAGGUGUUCAGAAUAACCAAGUUGGUUGUGAAAACGGAAAAAAAACGAAACCAGCUCCCCAAGCCACAGAUAACAAUAGUGAUUUGGUGGUGGACGAGGAAAAGGCAUCGAUUGACUUAAAAAAAGUAGUCGGUUUCAGGCAGAAUGGGAGUCGAAGGAAAAACAAACCGAGGCGGGCAGCUGAGGUUGGUGUUGAGUGCAGAUGAUGGAAUCAUAUCUGCUUACAUUUUCUUUUUUUAAGUAUGUUUAAUUGCUUUAGGUUUUGGAUACCUUCAUUUAAGGAUUCAAGGGCAUUUAUGAUUUCUUAUUGCUCUUCUAUUUUUCAAACAUGUCACUGCUAUAUUGUUGGCUACAGCCAUAUAAAACCAGAAUUUUAGUUCUCUCCUGCAACUCUUGCCCCAAAACUCCAAAAGAUUGUUUUUUAACACUAACUCUAUGUCAAUUUUGGAAACUUCUUUUAAGAAUU